GGACUACAAGAAUGGUGGGGCUUUUGAUCACGAAGAAUAUGACUUUGAUGUGGGCGAUUGGUGCUGGGUCCACAAAGGCCUCAAGAUCAAGGUAUGGGCAGAUGCUCUUGAUCUCACCCAAGCUGGGGGAGAUGGUGAUGUGGAAUGUUACUUUCACUAUACAACACAGCUCGGGUUCCAUAACAUCACACACGCGAGCAAAGCCGCUGUGGAAGUGUUCGCCUCUCUCGUCACAAGUGGUGAAAAGGCCAAUGCGUGGUGGGGGAAAGGCAAGGCGGGCUUUGUGCCAGUGAGCUGAAUUCUGAUUUGGUGGGCUAAACGUCUCAUGUCAAUCUUAGGGCCAGAGCCAGAUUGGAGGGUGAGUUCAUUUUGGUAGCGCUUUCCAAGGUCGUGCAGGUUUUUUGUAAGGGACUGUUUUGGCCCUGGAACAACCCGGCGACUCUUGCUGCAGGUUUAUGUGAGUUAGUUCCAGCAACCAUUGCCAUUCCAGAUAUUCGAGCGAACGCUUGGCAGGCGUAUACAGCGUACGGAAGGCACCUGAUGAAUGGCCAAGCGUGGAGACGCUGCUGGACAACAACUACCGCAAUAUGCUCAAGCGAGAUAUCGAUCUGAAAGGUCGUGAGGCGGCAAUCCAGGACUACCAAUCGAGGGUGGAAUUUUGCAUUCCAAUCCUUGUCAAUGCAUCCAUAGCCUACGAUGUCUCGGAACGGCCGACACCGGAAAUGGUGGAGCAGGGGAAGCCUGCUGGUGUGAACCUUGCUGGAAAGCUCCUGAAUGAAGCCGGAAAGCCACCGCGUGAAUGUAUCGUUGUGCGAGCACAAGCAGAAAGCGAUAUUGGAAAUGCCAGAGCAGUGCUGGUGGAGACGCUUCGCUGCCGUGCUGAAGCCGCAGUCACCAGACGUGGCCCUACAGAUGGAUAUACCCUCCAGGCAUUGAGCCGGCUGGCGUCGGUGCUCGAAGACCGCGGCGACCUGGCAGAGGCCGAGGCGCUGUGUCGCCGCGUCUUGGAGGGCGACGAGGCGCAGUGGGGUGCAGAGCACCAACAGACCCUGACGGCGCUGAGCAAUCUCGCGAGCGUCCUGAAGCAGCAGGGCAAGUAUGAGGAGGCUGAAGCACUUUAUCGCAAAGCGCUGGAAGGAAGAGAGGCUCGACUUGGUGCCCGGCACCUCGACACCCUCCUGUCUCUCAGUAAUCUGGCCAGUUUGCUGUGGAGGCAGGGCAAGUUCGAGGAGGCUGAGGCCCUAAACCGAAAGGCACUGGAAGGAAAGGAGGCUCAACUUGGAGAUAGGCACCCCGACACGCUGAGCUCACUCAACAAUCUGGCCGCUUUGCUGUUUGGCCAGGGUAAGCUUGAGGAGGCGGAGCCCCUCUUCCGCAGACAAUUGGAAGGAAUCGAAGCUCAGCUUGGAGCUAGUCAUCCCAACACCCUUACCUUCGCCAACAACUUGGGGGUUCUCCUGCUGGAUCGGAGGAAGCUCGACGAGUCAGAGGUGUUCUUGCACAGAGCCGUGGAAGGGCGAGAAGCCCAGCUGGGCAGCCAUCAUCCCGAAACGCUCCGCUCCGUCUACCACUUGGCCCGUCUCAGUGCGGCUCAAGGGCGCUUGGAGGAAGCCCAGUCGCACUUCCGCCGGGCGAUGGAAGGGCAAGUGGCCCAGUUGGGAGUUAGACAUCAGGAGACAUUGGACUCGAUCUCUGGUCUGGCAAAGCUCUUGGAGGCAAAAGGCUCGAUGGAGGAGGCACACGAGCUCUACCAACGGCAGCUGGACGCCUUGGAGGAAUUGCACGGCUCAGACCAUCCCAAGACACGCGCGUGCCGUGAACACCUGGAACACCUUCAGCGUGGAGACAAGCGUCAAGAAGAUCCACCAGCUGAGGCCAUGAUGCCACCGGAUUCCGCUGAUCAGUGAGGCGAACAUCGAUGCAUCGACCGAAUCCUGUCUCACUUGGAUCCACAUGAGAUUGUCAUGAGAGCCACUCAGUCUGGAGCUCGAGUG